AUGGAAAGGGGUGGUGAAAAGGAAGGGGGCGAAAAGGUGUCAUGGUUCAGGGGGAAGGUGAGGAUCAAGAAAGUGCUGACGGACAAGGUAGCGCCGACAAGGAACGAGAAGUUGCAGGACGAGGAGAGGGUGCGGAGCGAGGGGAAGGCCAGUGGCGAGGAGAGUUCCCAAGGCAAAGAAAGCGUCUCUAAAGAGAAGGGGCGGGGCCAUAGGAGGGGGCGGGGCAAGGAGCUGGCUUGGGAAGAACAGUUCCCCCAGGAUGAGGGGGAAGGGUGGGUCUAUAAGGGGUGGGACGAGGAGCAGAAGCCCAGCGAGGAGCAAGCUCCAGGCGAGAAACAGGAGCGGGGACAGGGGAAGGGGCGGGGCGUGGGGAAGGUCCGGAAUCAGGAUCCGGAGAGGGGCGGGUCUAGAGGCAGGACCCGGUACCUGGGCAGGGCCCGAGCACGGAGAAUGGGGCGGUGCGAAGAGAAGUGGGGGCGGGGCAAGAAGUGGGGGCGGAGCCACGUGCAGGUGCGAGACCAGAGGAACUGGGGAAAAUAG